AUGCUCGCAACAGAGCGCUUCACGCUGGAGUUAAGACCGCUGGUAUGGAUAUCAUAUAUCUUCAGCGUAUGGCUCAUGCGAGACUGUCCAUUCGACAGUGCCGCAGUCACUCGAAAGAAUGGAGCACUCCGCUGCCGACCCUUCAAAGCCACAGUAUUCUUCACAUCUGAUAAGGCAGACGCCUGUUGGAGCUACGACGAAGUCGAGCCAGUCCUCGGCUCGCAGACCCAUAUCUUACUGGGCAGGAGAGUGAAGAGCUUCCUGCGCGCCCUCAUCACUGCAAGGUAUAAUGCAGUUUAUCAGCGAAAUGCCACACAGCGUUGGGUACGUGGAGCCUGCGCCCUUUCAAUGUGGGAACGUCUGUAG